AUGAAGGAGAAGUCAAGUCUUGAGUUGAGUGUGGAGAAGGCUCGGUGGGAAGCCAAGCUCCAGAAACAAGAGGCUGAGAUACAGGACAGAGAAGGAACAAGGACGAGCGAGGCGGUGGAGAAGAUGAAGAGAGAAGCGGAGGAGAUGGAGGAGAUGCUUCGAGACGGUCAGAGGAAACAGAUCUCUAAGAUGAGCGGAAGACACAUGGAGGAGCUCCGAGUACAGAAAGACGUUCAUCAGAGAGAGAUGAUGCAGAGAGAACAAAGAUGGGCUGAUAAACAACAACAAUAUCAAACCAGGUUGGCGGAAUGUCAACAAGAGAUUCUUAAACUAACCACAAAGAUUGAGAAACUGCAGCAGCAAAGGUUUGGCAUUGUUAGUAAGCUGCAGCAUUUCCUUCAAUCACAAUGCAACGAGGCAGUGAUGAUGGUCAGCUCACUGGAAGCCUCUCCUAAAACUCCUAUCAACAUGAAUGGACAAGUGACUGGUGAAAGAGUCUACGCUAGAGAAGGGGUCAGAGGUCAUGACAAUCAAGGGCCAAAGGUCAGGAGUGCAAAUGGUCCUCACUCAAGUAUGGAAGGUCAGCAUUCAGAGCUAUUGAAGCGUGCCCAGGAGGAGGCUCGACAGGCAAUCCAACGUCUGUAUCUUCACAAGCAAGGAGAAUCGGAAGAUGAGGGGGCUCCGCAUGAAGCAUCCUUCUACCCUCUAGACGCUGCUCCAUCUACCCCUACCAACAGUGAGAUGUCACAGAGUACUGUCUACCAGGAUAUCUAUACGUCAAAUCUCCAGAUGGCUCACCAUCAUACAGACGACCAGCCAAGUAUGCAGAUGCAUCGUACCGGUCACAGCAAUGGCUUAGACCAGAGACUCCAUGCAACACCCCAUACAAGGGUGGCCAAUGGAGUUGGGAUGUCGCAAGGAAAGUCGACUGCUACACCUCCGCGGUCGAGUAGAAAUCAUGAGAGAAACAAUGGAUUUGGAGGAGGAGAAGGUGAGAUGGAAUCAGGGUGGAUGGGAGUAGACCAGUCAGAUGCCGGUCUGUUCCUAGAGAUGAUGACUGAUGACCAUCAGGAUACAAAGAUAGAACAAGAUAUUGGAUGGAUGAGUCAACAUAACUCUACUCUCACGUCAUCGCCAACCAAAGAGAGUGCUUCACCUGAUAUCAACAUCCAUCCAGGUCAAGGCUUACUCCUUCAGAUACCAGGAUCCUUAGCAACCUCUAGCAACACUCGGGUCAAAGGUCAUAACCUGAGUGACCUCUCCACUGGACCCCUGGAUAUGCUGGAUAGCCCUGUCUCAUCAACGCAAGGAGAUUGGAGAGAGGUCGCCCUACAGAAAUACAUUGCCAAGCUAUUAGAACAAUCCCCAGGAUCAGCCCAACAAACCAAUCCUUCCCAAGCCAGCUUCACAUCACUGACAGGUAAGACAGUGGUUGAGAGAGAGAGGCUACACAGUGGUAUAUCCUAUGUUACAAUGGAGCAUCCUCAGCCUGGGAGACUGGACGAUGGUAGAGCUGCUUCAAUGAUGACCAGUAGACAGGCAUCUGCAACGAGCAAAGGCCCUGUUAACAAAGACAAGACCAAGAAACAGACUGGUCCUCUCAAGGCUGGAUUGAAGGCUGCCCCCAACAGGCAGAGACCAGUCAUUGAUGGAGGUCGAGACAAUACGGGAAACCCAAAUAAAUCAUCUCAGAAAACAAAUGUGUGGCGCUGAGGUGGAUGUACAGCGCCAUCAACAUGCCAAGAUUAAUACAGGUCUACACAGCGUGGAGUCAUGUGAAGCCCCGUUUACAUAUGACAGAAAGGCAAGAUGGAGCAAAUGGGGAAAAGAAGAGGCUGUAUUAAUCAAUAGUUACCAUCAUGUAUGCAUACAUUAUGAUCACUGUGCUUUGAUACGGGAAGACCAGAAACUCUCACCAGUGGCUAUUUUCAUUUUAAGAAAGCAUUGUUACACUGAUAGCUGCUUAUAAGCUACUGAAAACAUGGCGUUUGAUUGGCCGAGACCAAAUUCAUCGUAGAAAUUUAGCAUUUGUUAUCAAUAACAAUGUUUUAUGAAAUGGGGGCCAGAUUUGCGGAAGUUACAAGCAGCAAAAUAACUGAAGCACAAUAGCCACAAGACUAAAUUUCUAAGAUUCACAAUGGUUUUUUCAAGUAAAAAUAGCCACUGGUCACAGUAGUCGAUACAAUUUUGAGAUCAACUUGGGUAACCUUGCCCCUCAAAGCAGUCAGUAUUUUUAUAUAACUCAGUGCACAACUAAGGAAGAGCACAAAUCGGUCAUCCUCCAUAACCCAGUACCUCCUGGAUACCUCAGUCACACUGCCAAACUGACUACAAACAGCUUGUUUUCAGCCAUUUUAGCUAAUGUACAUUUUCAAAUGAGAUCAAGCAGCUCCUUUUUACCCAGAGCUACUAUGUAAGUUAUUUUUACAUGUGUGACAUUGUUUUGUUUAGUUUUGUUUUGUCUUGUUCAGUUAACAAUCGAGUUACAUUGUAGCACGUUGAGUGGUACUAUAUCAGAAAGUGCAUAGUAUAAAUAAUUUAUAUUAUAAUGUAAAUACAGUCAAACCUGCUUUAGUGACCACCUGUAUAGAAAGAUCACCUGUCUAUAAAGACUACAUUUUUUG